UCAUUAUACUAACAAAAUCUCUUUCUUUAUCCUCCAAUGGCUCCCUCCGCCACCAAUUGUUUCCUCCUCCUCCUUGCCCUCUCCUCCGCCGUGCACACUCAUGCACGAGACAGCCAAUCCUUCAACGAAAUCCCUAGCACCACCAAUUUCGUGAAAAUUACACAAAGCCCAAACACUAAAAAAGCAGAACCCAACAUUCAACAGCAAGAACCUAGUUUCCUUCCUCAAGAUGAAAAUGUUUACGGCCUUUAUGGUCAUGAUUCCGGUCAGCUCCCUCAUUCUACCACCACCGCCGCCAAUGUUGAACCCGAAACCACCAAAUAUCGCCCCAAAAACUACAACCCUGUCUCCUAUGUUACUGAACCAGAAGACAUGACUACAUUCACUGAAAAAAGUUACACUACAGGCCCUAACAGCAACUAUGGUGGCGGAAACUUCAAUGAGCAGCCUCAAGGGAUGGGCGAAACAAGAUUUAUGGGCGGCUCAACCCCAAACCACCAUGAGAAUUACUACAGAAAUGGCGGCGGUAGUUACUACAACAGCCCUCAAGAAAAUGCAAUGAGAGGAUACAGAAGAAACAACUAUUACAACAAUGGAGGCGGUAGUUACUACAACAGCCCGCAAGAAAAUAGCAUGAGAGGCUACAGAAGAAACAAUUAUUACAACAAUGGCCAGCCUCAAGGGCUGAGCGACACCAGGUUUAUGGGCGGCGCAACCUCAAACCACCGUGAGAACUACUACAGAAACGGUGGCGAUAUGAACAACUUUCAACAGCAAGGAAUGAGUGAUACAAGAUUCCUGGAAAAUGGCAAGUACUUUUAUGAUAUAAACAGUGAAAAAUAUAGCAGUAAUCAUCCAUAUGAGAGCUUGAAAGGAAUUGGAGCAAGAAAAGAAUACAGAAACAAGAAUUAUUAUGGCAAUAAAGCCAAUAAUGAUAAUUCAUAUGAAUACAACAAUUCCAAGGAAGAAUUUCAGAAUCAAGAUGAGUUCCAAGAAAGCCAAGAUGAAGAAAUUAUGCCGUGAAGAUAAUUGGGAUCUUUGAUAACGUGGAUUAAACUGUAGAGAAUAGUUAACAUCUUGUCUAUUCGAUACAGUCUAAUCAUGUACCAAACAUGCACUAAGUUGAUGGAUGAUUCUCAUGUUACGUUAUGCUUAAUUAAUAGGAAAAGCAAAGAAUUGUGUAUGUGGAAUGUUAUAAAAAAAUUUCAAGUUUUUUUCAAGAUUUUAUGAACUUUUGAUUUUG